AUGGAAGCUCAAAAAAGUUCUCAAAUACUUUCAUUUAGACAUUUCUACCUUUCAUUCCCUCUGCUUCUUCUUCUUCUUCUUCUUCAAUUCUUUGCAUGUGUUUCAUCAGUAGAACCACACGAAAUUCCAUUUCUUGAUACACUUGGAGAAGCAAUCCUAAUAGACCACAACCCUGAAUCUGUUACAGUAUCUUCUCCUACAGUUUCAAAUGAUUACAAGACAUAUUUUUACACUCAAACCCUAGACCAUUUCAACUAUGGACCCCUUAGUUAUGCCACUUUCAAACAAAGAUAUCUCAUCAACUACAAAUACUGGGGUGGUGCAAAAGCCAAUUCUCCCAUCUUUGUCUAUUUUGGUGCAGAAGCGCCACUGGAUAGAGCUCCACAUGGGUUUCUCCCAGAAAAUGCCCCCCGUUUUAAGGCUCUUAUCGUUUAUAUAGAGCAUCGUUAUUAUGGAAAAUCAAGUCCCUUAGGAUCCAUGGAAGAAGCCUUGAAAAAUGAUACAAUUCGUGGAUAUCUUACCUCAGCUCAAGCUAUGGCUGAUUAUGCAGAGAUAUUGAUUUACAUAAAGGAAAAAUUAUCUGCCCACAAUUCUCCCAUUAUUGUCAUUGGAGGAUCAUAUGGAGGAAUGCUUGCUUCAUGGUUUAGGCUCAAGUAUCCACACAUUGCUCUUGGUGCUUUGGCCUCAUCUGCACCUAUUCUUUAUUUCGAUGACAUAACUCCACAAAAUGGAUAUUUCUCAAUUGUAACCAAGGAUUUUAAGGAAGUGAGCCAGACUUGUUAUGAAACUAUUCGAGAAUCUUGGUCUAAAAUUGACAAAGUAGCUUCAAAGCCCAACGGCCUCUCUAUUCUCAGUCAAAAAUUCAAACUUUGCUCGCAACUAAAAAGUUCAAAUGAGCUAAAGUUUUAUUUGGAGAGCAUGUAUACUGGAGCUGCUCAGUAUAACCACCCACCAAAUUAUCCGGUUACACUCAUCUGCAAUGGCAUUGACGGUGCACCCAAUGGAACGGACGUCAUUGGCCGGAUUUUCGCCGGCGUUGUCUCUUAUAGUGGGAAUCAAAUAUGCUAUUAUACAAAUGCAACGGAUUAUACAAUAGACACACGUUUGGGAUGGAGUUGGCAAACAUGUAGUGAAAUGGUGAUGCCUAUUGGUCGCGGAUCGAAUGAUACAAUGUUUCCUUCGGCACCUUUCAAUCUAUCACAAGUUAUUGAAAACUGUAAGAGCAUGUACGGUGUCUCACCUCGACCACAUAAGGUCACAACUUAUUAUGGAGGCCAUAAUAUUAAAUUGGUUCUCCAUCGAUUUGCAAGCAACAUAAUUUUCUCCAAUGGUCUAAGAGAUCCGUACAGCAGCGGAGGGGUGCUAGAGGACAUAUCGAAAAGUGUUGUGGCCAUUUACACGAUUAAUGGGUCUCAUUGCUUGGACAUACGUUCAGCACAACCAAGUGAUCCAGAGUGGUUGGUCAUGCAACGCAAGAAAGAGAUCAAAAUUAUUAAAGGAUGGAUUGCAGAGUAUUAUGCUGAUCUUUUAAGCUUAAAGAAGUAG